AUGUCUCCGCCCCCGCCCCAGCGCGAGAGCGUCCCCAUCCCGCCCAAUGCCCAGCGGGAACACAAGAAGAACCGCAGCGGUGUACUCCAGAGCUCCCUCGAACUCGUCUUCAGCAGCUACUCGAGAUCCCAACAACUACGCUAUGGCGCUUCCCUAAGCGCCCCAUCAUUCCUCGACGACAACUCUUUCCAGGAUGACGAAGACCUCGACAACGGCGAAGACAGUUCCGUGGAGCGACACGUCUCGAACAACUGGGACGACAUUGAAGCUCGUGCUGGGGAUAGUACUAGACGGCUGGUCGGCGAAGCAUGGGUGGAAGAAGUGGCAGAGGACGGCGAAGACGACCCCGGCGGCUCAAACAUCUCGCGCAGAGUAUCCGACGAACCCUCCAUCUUCCACGCCGACGGCAUGCCCCUCUCUACUGCCCGACCGGAACCUCCCAGUAUGCCCAUCCCUCCGGCAUCCCAGAACAAAGCCCUCAUAUCCGUCGGCAUGUUCUCCCCCCGCCCUUCCCUCCCUUCUCUUCCAGGGUCGUAUACGACCUCUUCAUCGGCUACUCAUACUCCGCAUGUCAGGGGGAAGGUGUUGAGAAAAAAGACGCAAAGCUCGGGUGAUACUAGUGGUUUCACGGAGCGAUCAUCGGAAGGUGUUGCCUCUGCUGGUACGGUGGAGACGACGGCUUUACUUGGUGACGGUCGGGCUCAGGUGUACGACUCGGUGGACGGUGGCGGUGGACGGGCUCGAGCGAGGAUCAAAGUACGGGUCCCAGCAGGACAGAGUACGGAGGGUCAAACCCUGUUCAACGCCACAGCAGUCCUCGUGGGUAUCGGCCUCUUGUCUCUCCCACUUGCCUUUGCCUAUGCCGGGUGGAUAUGCGGAAGUCUCUUGCUGUUUGGUUUUGGCUGGAUUACUUGCUAUACUGCCAAACUUCUUUCUCGAAUCAUACGCGCCGAUAUGAGGUUGACUGGCUAUACCGAUAUCGGUCAGAAAGCUUUCGGCAGGUCGGCUGGCAUCGCUAUCAACUUUCUGUUCUGCCUCGAGCUAUUCGCCCUCGGCGUCGCCCUCGUCGUCCUCUUCGGCGAUACCCUCAACGUCCUCUUUCCCCACGUCCCAGCAAACACCUGGAAACUCAUCGGCUUCUUCAUCAUCGCACCCACCGCCCUCCUCCCCCUGCACAUCCUCUCCCUCCCCUCCCUCCUCUCCUCCCUCUCCUCCCUCCUCCUCAUCCUCGUCCUCCUCAUCGACGGCCUCCUCUCCCCUUCCUCCCCCGGCUCCCUCCUCCACCCCAUGCCCACAAGCUUCACCCCAGAACUGACCGGGGGGAACUGGUUGGGAGGUGUGGGGCUGGUUUUGGCGGGGUUUGGGGGACAUGCGGUGAUGCCUAGUUUGGCGAGGGAUAUGCGGAGGCCGGAGAUGUUUGAGGGGGUUGUUGAUAAGGCUUUUGCGAUAGCCACAGGUAUCUCAUUCAUAGCAGGCGCUUCAGGCUACCUCAUGAUCGGAUCCACCGUCUCUGACGAGAUUACAAAAGAUCUGAUGCAAGAAAAGUAUCAUUACCCACGCAUACUCAACAUUGUCGCUUUGUGGAUGAUUGUCAUCAACCCGCUCACCAAAUUUGGGCUUUCUUCGCGACCCUUGAAUAUCACUCUCGAAACGAUCCUUGGCAUCUCUCCUUCCCCGCCUCUUGACGCAAGAGAAUCAGGGUUCAACUCUUCUCUUUCUUCUCGAACGCCCCGCAGCAGCGGCGUCGCCGACCACGAGCACGAGCACGACCAAUAUCACUCCAAACCCUCCCUAUCCCCUCUCCACCGCCCCUCCUCUCCCUCCCACUCCUCCCACAACCUCAACCCAUCGCUCCCAACCCCCUCCCAAUUCGCCCUCCACGAAUCAACCGAAGACCGCAAAGCCACAUACCGCGUCAUCUCCCGGAUUGUGGUCACGGCAGUGUGCGUUGGUACGGCGGUGGUGUUGCCGGGGUUUGGGAGGGUGAUGGCGUUCUUGGGGAGUUUUUCGGCUUUUGUUAUUUGUAUUAUCUUACCCCUCAUAUUCCACCUCCGCCUAGCCCCAACCCUCUUCCCACCCUCCUCCCCCUCCGCAGCCCGCCGUGCUCGCACCAUCGCCCUCGGUCAGUGGGUCCUAGUAGCGGGGAGUGUGGUGUUGAUGGUUGGUGGGACGGUGUGGGCUUUUUUGCCGGGGAGUGGGCAUGGGGAGUUGGAUCCUUGA